AUGGACGCUGGAGCAUUUAGAACAUUACCCGAAUUAAAAACAUUAAAUUUAGAAUUCAACAAAAUUAAGAUAUUAACACAACAGUCGUUUCAAGGAUUGACAAAGUUAACAACACUCGAACUGACCGGUAACAAACACUGUGACAUUAAACCAAAUGCAUUUAACGGAUUGCCAACUUUAUUAGAGCUACAUUUAGGCGAAAUGGACUUGGAUACGUUUGAUUUAAAUUUGCUUAAAUCGCUGCAUAGUCUUGCCACCCUUGAUCUUCAUGGCAAUAAAUUAAAAACACUGUACUGGACUGUUCUAUCGUCGCUGACAAAUUUGAAGCAUAUCGAUCUUUCUGGAAAUCAACUAACAACAAUUCCGUCUAAUAUGUCGACACUAUCUAUACAAAUAGAAACAAACAAAGGGAGCAUAAAUCUGGGAAAUAACCCUUGGAAAUGUAACUCGGAAAUUAAAUGGCUGAAAAACAUGUCAGUAUCUUUCAGUUCCGUGUUUAGUAUAGGAAACAUUAUUUGCGAUACACCUGCAAAUCUUAAGUACAUUUCAUUAAUCAAUGUCCCUGAUCCAAAACUAGAACCGAUACUUCCAAAGAUUUUAUAUUGUGACAAAACAAAAGUAACAGUGAAUGCAGGUUCUGCUGUAUUUAUAAACUGCACGAUAAAAGGCGAUUCAACCACUGUCACGUGGAUAAAUCCGACUGGAACAUCUUUCGUGUCUUCUCCUUUACAACAAAAUGACCAAAAUGUGUACGUCAAUGGCAGUUUGUAUAUGGCGAGCACAUCGUCAGCCGAUCGUGGCAACUGGACGUUGUCGGUAUCAUCUAAGUUCGGCGAAGAUCAAAGAGCUGUUUAUGUUAAUGUUAUUUUAUCACCUAAAAUGAAAACAACAACAACCACGACACCACACAAAAUCACUACGACGACACCAAUCAGAACAACCAUUGUAACGACAGACAACACGACACUUACAACAAUCACAACAACGCCACCGAUCAGAACAGCUACGUCAACAACAUCGUCAAAGGCUGCUACUAGAAAUGUGUCAUCAAAGGUCGUGGUAAUUGAAUUUUUACCCAUUGUAACAACAGAUACAACUUUGAAAACUCCAGAAAAGAAUUCCGCUCCGCAAAUUACAGAAAGCGUUGGUUACUUUGUCUUAGUUGUAUGCACAGCUAUUGCAUGCCAACUUCUCAUGUAA